CCCCACCCAACACGUCGCGCACGGUCGCGCAGCAUUGAGCGUUGCCCGGACACGGAACGCCCCACUUAAAUUCGAGAUGCGAACGGUCGCCGGCUUCCUCGCUGCUCGGGCCCACAAUUUGUCCAGAAAGGGGUUACAGUCCGGACAGCUUGCCGGCACCCUGGUCGACGCGCUCCAUGCAAGCACGCUAGCUGUUAAGGAAACAGAUAAUCUCGAUAGUAGAAUCUUCGUCGCGACCCUUCCAUUUCUCGAACUUAUCCGCCGAUCGUGCGACAACAGACUCUGUUGGUGUCAACCCGGUGAAGCCACUCCUUCCCAGCUCUAGCAGUCCUCUGGCUCCGUCACCGACCCCUCAUUUCUCCAAUACAACUACAUCAUUACCAGGCCCGCGCUCCAAACCGGACACAGAUCUAUACAAACUCGUGUUCCCCCUUUCCCAUCUCUUUGUCCAACGCACCCGAAGACAAGUCAACCAGUCGUAGAUUUAUAUUCCGUGACAAUGCGCUUCUCUACAACCGCAGUACUGGCGCUGCCGCUGCUCGCGUCGGCUGCCGAGAGCCCGUUCGAGCAGUACAAGGCCAAAUUCCAAAAUUUCCUCAGCAGCUUCGGCGCGUCAGUCCCUAACGCAGAGAAAGCGGCGGACGCAGUAUCUUCUGCGGCCAGUGCCGCCACGGACAAGGCAAAGUCCAAGCUGGUGGCGGAGCCCAUGAAGAUCGAGACUCUCACGCUCGAGAACUGGAAGGACACGUUGUAUGCGCCCGUCAAGGCCGAGGCAACGCAGCCCGAGGAGUGGUUGGUGCUGGUAACGGGCCGGAAUAAGACCUGCUUUGGCCACUGCAACAAGGUUGAAGCGGCCUUCAACGAGUCGGCGAAGUCUUUCGCCAACCUCCCGGCGUCUCAAUCCCCACAGCACCUAGGUUACGUCAAUUGCGACGACCAGCCCGUGCUCUGCAACGCCUGGUCGGCCAACACGGGCGCGCUCUGGCUCUUCGAGAUGCUGCCCGCCCCGGCGAAUGUCGACAUUUACGCCAAGCGGCUGAACCUGACUACCACCACGACUCAGGACAUCGUGGACGCGUACAAGGCGGACAAGGCCGACGCGGAGACGGGCUGGCGCAGGAUCGAUCCGGAAGGUUACUUCCACCCUUUCCACGGCAAGUUUGCGAAGUGGGGGCUUGCGGUGCCGCUGGCCUACUUCUUCUGGGCGCUGAGCGCCAUCCCCUCGUGGGGCAUGAUGUUGAUUGUAUCAUUCCUCAGUAGGACGAUGAUGAACCGCCGCAUGGAUCCCAGGGCCCGGCAGGGCGGCGCCCCGGGUGCGGCACCGCGUGCUGCUCCUCCGGGAGAUGCCCGCUCUUAAAAGGCAUGAGGGGAUGGGGCUGCCCUGUUAUCUCUAGCUGUGUAUUUCCUGUGAGAAUGACGGUGGUGUAAUUACUGGGUCGGAUGCCUUGUGUUUCUAUUGUUGCUUGGGGUCUGGCGGCCAGAUAAGGCAGGUUGGAAGGCACACCACACCGUGUAUGGAUUCGAAUAUGUAUGGACAUCGCUUCUGUCUCGAGCACUAGGGAUAUUGCACGGUCAUGGGACAAAGGGAGUUGCGUUCAAAUCCAGAU